CCCGCGCUGUGCCCCCAGUAGCCUUGUGGAAGCAAGGCCACGAUGGCAGAUGAGAUCGCCAAGGCUCAGGCCGCUCUGCCUGGUGGUGACACGAUCUUCGGGAAGAUCAUUCGCAAGGAAAUCCCCGCCAAAAUCAUUUUUGAGGACGACCAGGUAGGCACCGGGCGCCGCCUCGCUCGUGGGCACGCCGGUUUCCCCGGAGGGAAGAGAAGGGUCGGCGGCGCCGAUAUAUUCCAGAUUUCUGUAGCAGAAGAUGAUGAUGAAAAUCUUCUUGGACAUUUAAUGAUUGUUGGCAAAAAAUGUGCUGCUGAUCUGGGCCUAAAGAAGGGUUAUCGCAUGGUAGUGAAUGAAGGCACAGAUCGGGGACAGUCUGUCUAUCGUGUUCAUCUGCAUGUUCUUGGAGGUCAGCAGAUGAAUUGGCUUCCUGGUUAAGUAUGUUUUAGGGAUAAUUUUCCCUGCUGUUGGCAAUGAUCAGUUUUGCAAGUUCUAAUAUGCUAAACAGUACAUUUUAUUUUUGCCUGUGUACGGAGUGAUCCAGGAAAUAAUUUCUAAAACCCAUACAUAAUAAAAGACAUCAUUGCAUGUUCUGAA